AUGUCGCAAGGGUCGCUGCCUGCCGACAAUCCGUUCGUUGACCCGUCCCUCCACGAAACUCCUUCGGCAUUGCAGGGCGAGGCUACCCUUUUCGUCACCGAGGAUGCCUCACUGACCCUUGGAGCCGAUGCAAUCAUUAUCUUUGACGAUCGCUUCGUCCACAGAGACGCUGCUAAUUGCUGUGGACUACUGCCGACCAGAUCCAAGACGACCCAUUCCAUUCCUUACUACAACAUCCUCGACGCUUCACUGGACGGCCUGGAAUUGACUAUUCAACAUGCUCUGCCAACCUCCAAGAACUCGUGUCGCCCAUCCACAAUCUCCUACACGCUUAUCGAUAAAACAUCCAUCAAUGCUGCCAAGUCAUGGCUAGCCAAAUUGCUCGACAUGGCCUACGGGAACUCUCAGAGAUACAAGAGAAUCAAAGUCUUGGUCAAUCCUUUUGGUGGUCAAGGAGCCGCCCACAAGCUGUACAACAGCGAAGUCGACCCUCUCUUCAGAGCUGCCGGGUGUCUUGUAGAUGCACAAGAAACGACACAUUCCGGACAUGCUGUUGAGAUCGCUCGCCAACUAGACGUGGACGCCUACGACGUCGUAGCAUGUGCCUCUGGCGACGGUCUACCUCAUGAAGUCUUCAAUGGCCUCGCCCAGCAACCAAAACCGAGGAGAGCUCUGCGAAAAAUUGCCGUUGUUCAACUUCCCUGCGGAACAGGCAAUGCCAUGUCUAUCAAUCUCAACGGAACCAACUCACCCUCUCUUGCUGCUCUUGCGAUCGUAAAGGGUAUGCGCACACCACUGGAUCUCAUGGCCGUCACCCAGGGAGAGAAGAUGUACUGGAGUUUCUUGAGUCAGGCUGUCGGUAUCAUUGCGGAUUGUGAUUUGGGCACUGAAAACAUGAGAUGGAUGGGCAGUGCCAGGUUUACAGUCGGCAUCUUGAUGAGGCUCCUAGGAAAGACUGUGUAUCCAGCCGAGCUCGCUGUCAAGGUUGACAUCGGCGACAAGGCCGACAUCAAAGCUGCAUACAGGGACUACAGGCACCAGAGCCAGGAUAUUUCUGGCAAGAGGGAGUGGGAAGCACAUCAAGACCUGGACGGCGAUAAAGAUGACUCGCUUCCUGCCCUUCGAUAUGGCACCGUGCUGCAAGAUGUGCCGUCGGACUGGGAAAGGUCUUCCAAGCCUACACUAGGCAACUUCUACUGCGGAAAUAUGGCAUACAUGUCUGCUGAUACGCCAUUCUUCGCCGCUGCUUUACCUUGCGAUAACCACAUCGACAUGGUUGACGUGGAUGGAACUAUUCCGCGUCACAAGGCAAUCGAGAUGAUUACAGGCGUUGAGAAGAACAAGACAUUCGAUAUGGAUGUUGUCAACUACCGCAAGGUCAGCGCAUAUCGUAUCAGUCCCAAAUUGAGGGCAAGUCAAAAGACCGGAUACAUCAGCAUAGAUGGCGAAAGGGUGCCUUUCGAGCCCUUCCAAGUGGAAGUAGUUGGAGGUUUGGGAACCGUACUGAGCCGCAACGGAGCAGUGUACGAGUUCGAGGGCCCAAAGUGA